AAAUAAAUAAUCAACAUGUGGUGGCUCGUCGUACUGAUGUUUGUGCGGGGUAUUAUGUACGCCCAAGGUGCCUGCGAACCAAUAAGAAUAGAAAUGUGUCGUGGUUUUGGCUACAAUGUGACAACAAUGCCGAACCUAGUUGGAAAUGAGAUCCAGAGUGAUGCAGAAUUUAUGUUAUCAACCUACAAUCCAUUGUUACAAUAUGGCUGCAGUGCCCAGCUACAGCUGUUCCUCUGUUCGGUUUAUGCACCAAUGUGCACGGAAAAGGUACCCUCGCCCAUUGGUCCCUGUAGAGGACUAUGCGAGCAGGUACGAGCACGGUGCAUCCCGGUCCUCCAUGGUUUUGGUUUUACCUGGCCAGCGACAUUGAACUGUUCCAAGUUCCCCCCAGAAAACAAUCACGAGCAUAUGUGUAUGGAGGGGCCUGGUGAACCUGGACCAGUGCAUCCGGUGCAGGCUUUCGCGGCUGGUCCAUGGGGAUGCUCCUGGUAUGCAAAAUCUGCCCUGUACAUAUUCCUGAAUCGUUCCGGAAGAUGCGCUGCCGCCUGCGACGCGGACAUCCUCUGGAGUCAAAGAGAGAAGAAAUUGACUGAAGCUUGGAUCACAGCAUUUGCGACUGUCUGUCUGAUCUCUGUAGCUGCUGCCAUCCUUACCCUCCUAAAACCACAGAGGCGGCAUACCACUAGUACAGCCGAGAGGGCUAUUGCCUGUCUGGCUAUUUGCCAUGCGGCUGUUGCUGUUGGUUACGUGAUACGAUUGGCUGCUGGUAGAAUGUCUGUUGCGUGCACCCAGGCUAUACCACUUCAUCCUCAGGAUCAGUCGAUCAUCUCGCAGAAGCAGCAGCAAUACCUUACUCAGGAUGGCCUAGCAAAUCCAUACUGUGCCGUAGUCUUCCUUCUUCUCUACUACUUUGGGAAUGCUGCCAGCGUAUGGUGGGUCGUCGUAUGUGCCUGGUGGUGCAUCGUUGCAAGGAGAUGGACGAAAUCUCCUCGAAACAACAAGGACGAAGGAUUUGGUCUUCAGCAAGGAUUCUCAACCGUAGGUGCUGUCGCUGCAUGGGGAUUGCCUGCAGCGCACACCAUAGCCGUGCUUGUAACAAGGGACGUGGACGCAGACGAAUUGACCGGAAGCUGCUUCGUCGGCCAGCAGAGCACGCGAUCGCUUCUGGUACUCGUACUGGCACCUCAGUUCAUCUACCUCUCCUUCGGGGUGACUUUCCUACUGGUGGGAAUGGCUGCCUUGUUGCUAUCGAGACCCACCGUCGCACCACCGCCUGUUUUGAGUCCACUGAGUCCUAAUCCAGCGCCACGUCUUAGGGACGUUGCGAAGUCUCCGAUUGAGACGUAUAGACGUCAGAAGAUUCUGAUGACCAGGGUGGGCAUCUUCUCCAGUAUCUAUGCUCUGGUUAUGAUCUGCAUCACCAGUACCACGUUCUACGAGUGGUGGGGUCGGGAUUACUGGUUACGUGCACCGGAACCAUCGACAACCCCCAAAGUGCCAUCGAAGCCCAUACUACAGUUCUUCGUACUGCGACUCGUCGUCUCCUUGGGAGCUGGCAUCCUGGCCGCCGCCUGGAUCUGGUGGCCUAACAUAAUGGCUAUAUGGAGACGCUUGCCACCCUGCAAACAACCACCGCACAAGUGCCAUCCUCACACUAUACCUACUCCUGUCGUGCAUCGUUACAGCGCUGGGUCUACCAGUCCGACGCCUCAUCAAAAUCAUCAUCUGAGUCAUCUAGCACCCCAGCAUCCCUUGCUGCAUAAGCCUAUCGUUACUAAUGGUCAGAUGCCACAUAGAAGUCAUAAAAAGCACAGAAAGCACCGGAAGCAUCAUAGUGGUAGCGAGACUCAAGUGUAA